CCCGGCCCGGGGCUCGCCAACGCCACCUGGUCCGGGUCUGGGCCGGUGGGCGGCCGGUCCAACAGCAGCAGCGACGCCUUGGUGACUCGCCUGUCCACGCUGCUCCGCGACCUGCCCACGCUGAAGGCAGCCGUGAUCGUGGCGUGCGUCUUCAGCGCGCUGCUCGUCGCCUGCCUGCUGCUCCGCGUCUUCAGGUCGGGGAAGAGGCUGAAGAAGACCCGCAAGUACGACAUCAUCACCACUCCGGCCGAGCGCGUGGAGAUGGCCCCGCUAAAUGAGGAGGAUGACGAGGAUGAAGACGCCACAGUGUUUGACAUCAAGUACAGGUAAAACCUGUUUUCCAGUGUGUCGGUGCCCUGUGGGGUGAAGGAUCUGGGAGCUGCCUCUCCUCCCAAGCGUAGAAACCAAAACAAACACUAUUUAUGACCCUGUGGCUCUGCUGUGUGCACCCGCCCCCGGCAUCUGCUCCUACUGUCCCAUCAAGCUUGUUUCCAGUCACUGUGGGAGGGAGAGUGGCCUUGCUGCCCUUUGGAUGCCCUUCUCUCAUGUCACCCCUUCCUUGCCCUCCUCUGAGAGGUCUUUGGCCUUAUCAAGAAGAUAAGGGCAGGAACAUGUUGGUUAAAAUGAAAGCUUUUAAAACAACUGCUGACAAGAGUAAAACUACGAUCAGGAGUACUGAGGACCUCCAAGGACCUGCGGGGUCCUUCCUGGUGGUGCGUGUAGCAUCGUGCACACUGUGUUCUCCUGGGCCAUGCAGGGAUGUCUGGCCUCUGUCCAUCUUUUCACCCCUGUUGAGUUCUAGCCUUGCCUGAAAUGGCUGUGUGAGACUUUACAGCAGGAGGUAGCUCCUCUGGAAGGCUACACUUCAUGGCGCUCUCUCUCUCUCUCUCUCUCUCUCUCUCUCUCUCUCUCUCUCUCUCUUCCUUCUUUACAGGGUCCAGCAGAAAUAGGCAUGGCUAGUUCACAAAGAAUUUCAGAUUUCAAAUAUCAGGGAAAUAAAGGUAUGUAUGCAUGAGCGUGUGUGAGUGUGUGUGCGUGCGUGUGUGUGCAUGCGUGCAUGCAUGUGUGUGU